AGCAAUGGGAGGAGUCGCAGAGCUCAGUCCUCCUCCAGGAGUCUCCACACAGCAGCCGCAUACUCGGACAGCUCCAGGAAGCUUCUGGAUCAUUUGUGGAGGCCAUCUUCAUGAGCGCAACAUCUGACAUGGUGGCAGGGGACACCGCUGGAGAUGUGUUGAACUGCAGCAGCUUCUGGAGUGCCUGUCGGCUCUUGGCCUGCUCAUUGCAAGUGCCACAGAUGAGGACUCGCUCGAGCUUCACAUGGUGCGGCUGGAACUGGAGGAUGUGGAGAAGCAGAUCCGCGGCCUACUCGACAAGCAGGCCCAGCUGCUGGAGCGACAAACUGCGCUGGAAACAUCUUGUGCCUCUGCCCACAUAUCCAAGGUAAGCACACAGCGUGGUAUUUCCACUCCCAGCCCCUCUACGCUGUGUGUUUCUCUGUGCAGGGACCGUGCACCUAGGACUUUCCCAGCCGUGGUCUCCGUCACGCCGGCGCCAACACACCUCGGGCCUUGGGUAAACCAGCGGCGAAAGGCGCAGGCUGGACCCUCUCCACCUCCGGUGUUCGAGAUUCCAACCAGGAACCGCUUCGCCCCUCUCCGCCAGACCAGACCCAACGCUGUGAUCCUCGGGGACUCCAUUGUGCGGAACGUCCGUGUAGCCUCAUCUAAAGGUAAGGUGCGCACACACUGUUUUUCUGGUGCUUGUGUCCUUGAUGUCGCUGCGCAGGUAUCCGGGAUCCUGAAGAAGGACGAGCGCAUUGGAGCGGUUGUGCUGCACGCGGGGACGAACGACACCAGGCUGCGGCAGACGGAGGUUCUGAAGAGGGACUUCUCCAGCCUGAUUGAGACGGUACGAGGCAGAUCACCCACGGCGAAGAUCAUCGUCUCUGGACCUCUUCCCACAUACAGACGUGGAGCAGAAAAGUUCAGUAGACUUCUAGCAUUAAAUGAUUGGUUAGUCUCUUGGUGUAAUGAGCAGAAUCUGGUGUUUGUCAAUAACUGGAAUCUGUUCUGGGAGCGUCCUAGGUUGUUUCGUCCUGAUGGCCUGCACCCCAGCAGCCUUGGAGCGGAACUGCUUUCAGACAACAUUUCCAAGGCGCUACACUCCAAGUGACUGCCUACCGUAAGUACAUCUUCCAAUAAUAACAUUCAGUAUAAUCAACGUUCAAUUAAAAAUCCGGCAAAGGUAAUACAUACUAUAGAGACUGUGUCUGUUCCCCGAGCUAUACAAAUAUAUAGAAAAUCUCGGAAAGUCUA